UUGCACUGAACGGCUAUAGUUACAGUUAAUAUGCAAAGCCUCAGGUUUCAGUUUGUAUAAAUAAAUUACGUUUCCAUCCUUAAGUGAAUAGAAGCCCUGUCAUCAUUCGCUUCCUCUGCGGUCACAGAGCUAUUCUCAACCCAAUCACAAAUCACUCAACAAGACGGCGCUUUAGGUGAAUUAAUAAUGCAGGGGAGAGAAAUAUGACCACUUUUAAUCAUCGCAUCCCUACGGAAACAGCAGAGCAUUAUUGGUGAAGCUAAAAUUUAAAAAAAAAAAGCUAGCUUUUUUUUUUGCAGCCUAUUGAUUAUAUUGUCAGAAUGAAAUCAAUAUUGUGACUGUUAUAAUCAAAGGCUGACCAGAGUGCAGGGGAUUUUCACUUGCGCGCUCCACCCUGUCAAACUAUUGUUUUCAGCUGCAGAACUGUCGAAGUAUAGUCACAUGAAAUUUAAGAUGGGAAUUAUAGCAUAAAACUGGGUUAAAGCUCCGAGGUCAGGCGUAUCAUGCGUUUGCUGAAAACAUCGCGAUUAUGAGUUAAACAAUGUGAGAGUUAUUCAUUGACUCGUUUAACUUUUGAUGCCAUCAUAAAGCUGUUUUGUCUCGGAGAAAAGGUUAGCAAUAACAGACGAACAGGACCACUGAUGUUUGGCAUGCAGUAUAAGCUAAUGUAUAACCAGACAGCUUUUAGCAUGCUGCCUAAACUCAAAUCACGCUUCCACAUAUGCUAGUGUUAUCUUUUUCACCCGGGUUUCGAGGUCUGCAGACUGAUGUUAAGCAGCUCAACGAAUCGCCCGCACCGUUGUCCACGCUCUAUUAUCGCUUUAAGACAAGGCCGGGUGUGAGAGGUAUUGAACAGCUGGAACAGCCUGAUGAACCGCUACGGCUAUUUAGAGAAACGUAUCACUGUUGUUUCGUCGUUGCCUAGAAACACAGGCGCCAAGAACAACCUUCUUUGUAAACAAGUUGCAGUCAGUGUCGGAGCUCGAGAAGUAAUUUAUAUCAACAAACAAAUCUACAAUAACUCACAAAAGCAGUGGAAUGGAGAAGAUACACGUCGACAAACACGCAACCAAUGCAGUGGAGGCCUAUCUAGAAUACAAAAGAAUUGUUGGGGAAGAUGAUGGAGGGAGGCUGUUUUCAGAGGAAGCGUACAAGAAAUACAAAGAGACAGUUGUGCCAAGAAGACUACAAAACCGUCUAUAUGUCAGUUUUGGGGUCCCAGGACAGAUAGACUGCAAACUGAUAGGACCAGAGGCAACUUGUUUCUGUACACACAGGUAUAAACAACAUUGCACAGACUUUGAGGAGUUGCCAAAGGAAAGGCCUAUACUCUUGCCUUGCAGAGUCAAAGGUUGUCGGUGUGUGUCCUUCGAAUGCGUUCAUAUUAACGGCUCUAAACCUGUACGCUGUCAAUGCAAACACACCAACAGUGAACACAGUGAGGCCAUAGGCCAUCAGUGCAAAAAAUGCGCUCACUGCACUGGCUAUCGAAGUCCAUUCACCUGCGGAUGUGGUCAGCCCGGAUAUGCCCAUGUGACACUGGUUGAAACCAGGGAAGAGCGCAUGGCUCGGGGGCGUCCGGUGGGCAGAGCUGUUCCAUAUGCAGCUAUGGGAGGUUUAACUGGGUUCAGCUCACUGGUGGAUGGCUACCUGAGACUGGAUCCAAGUGGUGUGGGCAAUACACUUGAACAAUGCACGGAAUAGGCAGUGGUGUCACAACAAACAUAAGGUUAGCAUUAGGUUAGAACACGCCUUUAGAGUCAACAUUAUGUUUGCUUAAUCGUGUUAUAUUUUUUUUGCUUUCUGCUUAUCCUCAGAGGGCAUUCUUAAUAUUUGUCUAGUGGUAUGUUUCUUAAUCACAGCAAAUAUUUGGUUGUAUUGAAUUUAUUAAUCAUAACAUUAAUAUAAAUGCAUUUAUAGUAUAUGCAUAAUAUAUAAUAAUACAAACAUACAUAAAAUAAAGUAAACUCAUACUGAUAUUAAGAUUAAUCAUUUAAAACAACCAGAAUAAUUCAGAAAUAAUUCAGAAACAUAAAAAAAUACAUAAAAUUAAGAAAGUGUUUUUUAUUAAGUAAUAAUAAUUUAAUUGAGUUAAUUCUCAAUGCUUCAUAAUUAAAUUUGUAAAAACAUUUUAAAGAAAUAAAACUUUAAUAAUUGAAUAAAUUUAAUUAUAUUUUUAUUUAUGUUUUACUUAGUAUUAGAAUUUAGUUGAGUUAACUGUCAAUUCUUCAUGCCCCAUAAAAAAUAUUUAAGCAAAAAUACAUAGCCUAUUUAUUAAAAAUACUCAUGUGAUUCAAGUAUCUCACAGAGAUUUUUGGUCAAAAUGUAUAUAAAUAUAAAAGCAAUCUAAAAGGUAUAUGAUGUUUCUUUUUAAGAAUAUUUUUCAUUGGACAAUUUUUUUUUUAUUUUGUCAAAUGUUAAAAUGAAUUAAUAUAAUUUAAAUUUGUAAAAUGAUUGCUAUAGUUUCCACUUUUGGCCAGCAGAGGUCAGUAAUGAUACACAUGUCAUCACCAGCAUUGACUCGACUGUGUGAGAGAGAUGUGUCUUUGUAUUCAAUGAAUUGGCUUUAAAUUGCUCUUCUCCGCUUGCUAAUGUUCAGAACAAUAAUAGCAAUUAAAGGACGUAAUUAAAAGAGUGUUUGUGCUCUAUCUAUGAGACACAGAGGGCCGCGUGCUCUGUGAACUCCGCAGGCUCGCAUUCAAUCGCUUUCUGUACAAGAAGCAGAAAGAAAGAAGAAACAAUUUCACCCCUAAUCAUUGGUACAGUUCCACUAGAAUGGUUUGCUGUAUGUGCUGGGCAUGACUAGGUCUGUCUUCCACUUUGUGUGUGUGUGUGUGUGUGUGUUUUGAAUCUCAGAAUAUGUUUGAAUGUGCUGCUCUGUUUUUGUAUUUGUGAAUGUUUCAUGACUCAUCCUAAGCUCCUCAAGAUUCCAUUAGAUUUGAUUCGUUACGACUUCCUCUUUAUAUGUUCAUACGCUGUUCCUCUGUUCUGAUAUGCAUCUCCAACUCAAUUGCUCUCGAGAACAUCUGUCUGUCUCAUGAAAUGCGCAAAUGCGAGUCUGUGUGUGUGACCUGCGAGACUUGCCUUUGGUGACGUCGGCGAUGAAAAAGAGACCAAACACAGACUCUACUCAUUACCACACUUGAAAUAAAACUCGGUGCUCAUUGGUGGAUGUUUCAUCGCCACCAACACUCUGAAAA